AUGGCCUCGGAGGCCAAUGGGGGCGUCGUCGCCAACGAGAAGGGAGCGGAGACGGUCGGCGUCGGGCGGUACGUGGAAAUGGAGCAGGACCAAGACGCCAACACCGGCAAGUCGCGGCUCUCCGGCCUGCUCUGGCACGGCGGCUCCGCCUACGACGCUUGGUUCAGCUGCGCCUCCAACCAGGUGGCUCAGGUGCUCCUGACCCUGCCCUACUCGUUCUCGCAACUGGGGAUGCUGAGCGGCAUAGUGUUCCAGCUCUUCUACGGCCUGAUGGGCAGCUGGACGGCGUACCUCAUCAGCAUCCUCUACGUGGAGUACCGGACCAGGAAGGAGAGGGAGAAGGCGGACUUCAGGAACCAUGUCAUCCAGUGGUUCGAGGUGCUGGACGGGCUGCUCGGGAGGCACUGGAGGAACGUCGGCCUGGCCUUCAACUGCACGUUCCUGCUCUUCGGCUCUGUCAUCCAGCUCAUCGCGUGCGCAAGCAACAUCUACUACAUCAACGACAAGCUGGACAAGCGGACGUGGACGUACAUCUUCGGCGCCUGCUGCGCCACGACGGUGUUCAUCCCGUCGUUCCACAACUACCGUAUCUGGUCCUUCCUCGGCCUUGUCAUGACCACCUACACGGCGUGGUACCUCGCCGUCGCCUCCCUCAUCCACGGCCAGGUUGAUGGCGUGAAGCACUCCGGGCCGACCAAGAUGGUGCUCUACUUCACCGGGGCCACAAACAUUCUCUACACCUUCGGAGGGCACGCUGUUACUGUGGAGAUCAUGCACGCGAUGUGGCGGCCGCAGAAGUUCAAGGCGAUCUACCUGAUGGCGACGCUGUACGUGCUGACGCUGACGCUGCCAUCGGCGGCGAGCGUGUACUGGGCGUUCGGGGACCAGCUGCUGACGCACUCCAACGCGCUGGCGCUGCUCCCGCGCACGCCCUUCCGCGACGCCGCCGUCGUGCUCAUGCUCGUCCACCAGAUCAUCACCUUCGGCUUCGCCUGCACGCCGCUCUACUUCGUGUGGGAGAAGCUCAUCGGCCUCCACGACUGCCGCAGCCUCUGCAAACGCGCCGCCGCGCGCCUCCCCGUCGUCGUGCCCAUCUGGUUCCUCGCCAUCAUCUUCCCCUUCUUCGGGCCCAUCAACUCCGCCGUCGGCUCGCUCCUCGUCAGCUUCACCGUCUACAUCAUCCCGGCGCUGGCGCACAUGAUCACGUUCCGAUCCGCAACCGCCCGUGAGAACGCGGUGGAGCCGCCGCCGCGGCUGGUGGGGCGUUGGACGGGCACGUACAUGAUCAACGCGUUCGUGGUGGCGUGGGUGCUGGUGGUCGGCUUCGGCUUCGGCGGCUGGGCAAGCAUGACCAACUUCGUCCGCCAGAUCGACACCUUCGGCCUCUUCACCAAGUGCUACCAGUGCCCGCCGCCGCCCCUGCCCCCGGGCGCCGCCCCCUUGCCGUUCCCCGGCGGCCUCGGCAACAUCACGAUGCCAUUCAGCGGGACCGCCGGCGGCGCGGAGCUCCCUCCGGCCCCGGCUCCUUCGCCGGCGCAUUUCUUCCUGCGCCACCACCGGCAUCACAGCCUUGGGCUCUGA